AUGGAAGGUAUUACUGAGACUGCUGAACCAAACCAUGAAGCCUUGUUUCAAAUGACUCUAAAUGACCCCCCCUUUAAAACAAACUUCACAGAAUUCAGAAAAAUCAACAGCAUUAAGAUGAUUUCGAUGCUUAAUGAUUAUUCAACAUACCACGCUUUUACCAGGGAUGAUAAGUACCAGCCUUUAAUUUCCUACGCUGAUAAGGCAACGGAUCAAGACAAUGAAGCAUUCACAUUAGACCAAUAUUCCUCAAAUGAAUUCCAUGGCAUUAUACCUGACAGCGGUGCGGCUAGUAUUUCUUCAGCAGGAGAACUGCAGGUUUUAGCUUUGCAAAAGACCGACCCAAGCAUUCGAAUCGAUACCUCUGCAGGUAGAGAGAAUCAUAUCAAGUUUGGCAAAGAUAUAGCUAUUGUCAAAGGAAUUGUUCGGGUCCCUACACCUAUUGGUACUAUCACUUUCCACGUUGUACCAACAAACACGCCGUUUCUAUUAUGCCUGAAAGACAUGAACGACUUGGGAGGCAGCAACAUUGUCCCAAUUGUACGUAAGUGGGGACAUCCCUGGAUGCUGUUGAACCGCCUUGAAAGUGUUGCAUACCAUUUGACAGAGUUAGAACUAUGUCAACUCCAUCGCCGUUUUGGCCACCCCUUAGUUCAACGACUGGCAACCGUGCUAGAGCGUGCUAACCAUGACUUUGAUGCGGAUAUCCUUAAGAAGCUCACGAAGUUCUGCCACCAAUGUCAGAUGCAUGAAAAAUCACCUGGUCGUUUCAAAUUCACUCUCAAAGAUGACCACGAGUUUAACUACUCAGUAAUCAUUGAUAUCAUGUACAUUGAAGGCAAGCCAGUACUGCAUGUUGUUGAUUCUGGAACAGCAUUCAACGCAGCACGCUUCUUGAAGGACAUGACAGCUAGCAUAGCAUGGAAUACAUUACGGCUCUGCUGGAUUGACUGCUAUUUGGGCCCUCCGGACCAGAUUGUCCAUGAUGCCGGUACUAAUUUUGCCUCGGACGAAUUCAGACAGUAUGCGAAAUCAAUGGCAAUUCAUAUCAGGGAAGUACUAGUGGAGGCGCACAAUGCAGUUGGCAAAGUUGAGAGAUACCACGCACCACUGCGACGUGCAUACGAGAUCAUUCAGGAAGAGUUAAAGGGGGAGAACGUGCUAAAGGAGGCGAUAUUGCAGAUGGCUGUGAAAACUCUAAAUGAUACAGCGGGACCAGAUGGCCUUGUACCCACUCUAUUGGUGUUUGGCGCAUACCCCAGAUUAACAGAAUGGGAUGCUCCAUCUCCAUCAGUUGCCAAGAGAGCCAAGGCAAUUGAAUGCGCAACGAAGGAAGUACGGAAGCUGAAGGCUGCCCGACAAGUUCAGGAUGCCCUAUCUAUGUGCAAUGGUCCAAACACCAAGGCUAUGCUUGAUCUACCACUACAAUCGGAUGUCUGGGUAUGGAGAGAAGCCAAAGGAUGGACAGGACCAUUCAAAUUGCUUGCAAUUACAGGGGAAACCUGUACUGUUGCGAUGCCGCGUGGACCUGCGAACUUCAGAACUACCGUCGUCAAACCCUACCUUAGUAAACCAGUCCCUGAGGCAAGCGAGACCCCUGAAGGAGACCAUGAGUGCUCACAAACUCCAAGAGAGGAAAUUGAGGCUCCGAUUUGA